GUUAAUUAAAACUCAUUUUUAUUUUAAUAAAAAUUUAUAUAAAAUUUAAAUUUUUUAUUAAAAUUAAUAAAUUUAUGCAGUGAUUUAUUAAACUAUAUAUACAUAUACAUAUAUGACUUAUAGUUAUGAUUAUUAUUAUUAUAAAAAUUGUUUAUUUAAAAUAAUUUAAUGACUUUGUCGUUAAUGGAUUUAAAGUUUAUAAAUUAUAAUUUUAAAAAAUGCAUUUGCAUUUUGAAAAAAAUAAUAAUGCCAAGUGCGAUUGUAAUAUUUUAUCGCUUAGUUGGAUGGGAAAAGUACCAGAUGAAUUACCUGAGGAUGAGGGUUGGAAACUUAAUCGUACAAAUUACUACCAGGAAGGGUGGCUAGCUACUGGAAAUGCACGUGGUCUAGUUGGAGUUACUUUUACGACAUCACACUGUCGAACAAGAACGACUGAAAAUCCACUGAGAGCCAAUUAUAACUUACGUGGACAUCAAAGUGAGGUCAUACUCGUAAAAUGGAACGAGCCAUACCAAAAACUUGCAUCUUGUGAUAGCUCUGGAGUAAUAUUCGUUUGGAUUAAAUAUGAAGGAAGGUGGAGCAUCGAAUUAAUCAACGAUCGUAGCACCCCUGUCACGCACUUUUCAUGGUCCCACGACGGCAGAAUGGCGUUAAUAUGCUAUCGGGAUGGAUUUGUACUAGUAGGAAGCGUAGCAGGCCAACGUUACUGGUCAUCAAUGUUGAACGAUCAAGCAACAAUAACAUGUGGUAUCUGGACACCAGAUGAUCAACAGGUUUACUUUGGCACGACAUCAGGGCAAUUAAUAGUUAUGGAUGUACACGGUGCGAUGGUAUCCGAAGUACAGUUGACAUCUGGUAUUACAUCAAUGGCAUGGAGUGCGGAAAAAUUCAAAAUGGAAGAAGGUGAUGAUGACGUAACCGGUAACCAAACCCAACAAGAUGAACGCACUUACGUAUUGGCUGUUUGUCUUGCCGAUGGCAAUAUCGUUAUGUUACGUUCGUAUGACGAUUUAUCACCGAUAACAAUAAAAACAGGUUUAAAAGCACCUCUUUUCGCUGAAUGGAGUAAUUCACGUAAAUUACUUGCCAUUGCUGGUACUAAAGAGUCCGACGGUUGCAUUUCAACAAAUAACCCACCAGAGUAUAAUAAUUUCCUCAAAUUUUAUUCCGACACUGGAACACUUAUUUAUACUACGGCGAUCCCUUACACGCAGUGUCAAGUAUCUGCGUUGACAUGGGGGCAUAAUGAUCGGAGAUUAUUUAUUGCUACUGGUGCUAAAGUUCACGCAGCAUGGGUGUCAAGGAGAGUUGGAUCAUUGCAAUUAUUAUCAAGAUUAGCAGUAAGAGCAUCUUUAACACGUGAAUCUAGUGUACAACAAUUGCCAUUACCUCCUAGGUUAAGAGCACUCGUUGCAGCCCUUUUUGCUAGUACAAUAAGAUCCUGUGUGCCAGAACCUCGUGAGUUACGUAAAUUCGUUUCACGGCCGCCACCUAGCGGUGGUCGACUUCACUGUACAAUGUUGCGACACGCGGGUGAACCAGCACCGUGUUACACUUUGUAUCUGGAAUAUCUCGGCGGAUUAGUUCCGUUGUUAAAAGGACGCCGUACAAGUAAAAUACGUCCAGAAUUUGUAAUAUUUGAUCCACAGAGUCAGGAUACACUUCAAAUACCCGAGUAUUCAUUUCCAUCAUUUAGCGAUGGGUCGGAUACUGAACGUGAUACUGCUGAAUUAUGUGGAUCACCGCGAAAUAAACGAAAAAACCGACGGAGACGUGAUGAUAAAUCUAAUGAUGAAUCUGAUGAUUUAACUUACGUUGAUACGUUGCCAGAGGAUGGCAGACUCGUUGAAGUAACAUCGAAUAUUUGGGGUACAAAGUUCAAAAUUCACGGUCUAACUGAUUCAGUGCCUGCAAAUUUAGGUCAAGUUACUUACAGAACAUCAUUGUUGCAUUUACAACCGCGUCAAAUGACACUUGUUAUGACUGAAUUGCGUGAUGAUUUACCAGCUGGCCCGGAUCCGUCAUUCAAUCCAAAUUUAUUCUCCGAAGAUGAGGAAGAGACAUUUCAAGAACCCCAAGGGGCAAGUAGACCAAUAUCUGAUGCUACAGUCGCUGCCGCAGCUACGGCAGUACCGCCACCACCAAUAGCGCCAAUGACAUCACGUAACACGCGUUUGAAUCAAAGUAAUAAUAACACUAAUAAUAAUCACAAUCGACCUAAAUCCCAAAUAUCGAAUCAAUUCAUUCCGACUGAAACAACGUCACCACUAUCGACAACAACCCGAGCUGACGACAGCUAUGAUGAAGAUUUUCCUUACGUUGAUCGUAAUCAUCAUCAUCAUCAUCAUCAUUAUCAUCAUCACCAUCAAGGCAUGCUUGAAUUUUGUGAAAAUUUACGCGCGACUUCAAGUAACUAUCGAACAUCGAGACACAAUCAGCCGCGUUGUUGCGACGUACCGGCAUUGCAAUCACCAAAAAAUGCCGUAGCUCCAACCCAAACAUUGAUAGCAACUUCUAAUGCAAACAAUGAUUAUUCAAAUAAUAUACAACGCGUUAAAACGACUCUUAUCGCCGAACAACAACAAACAAUACGCAAAGAAUUCGAAAACAAUAAAAUAAAUAAUCAUGUUGAUGAUAAAAAUUUACUAUCAGGUCAUCAUCAAUCAUUAGCAAAUAUAAUACCGACCUUACAUUUACAAAAUGGCCAAAAUAAUUUACCGACACCGAGAUGUUCAACAAAUCCUGGUUCUACGUCACCGAUUUAUAAUAAUUUUCCUAAUAGUAAUAAUAGUUUUGUUCAUAAAACAAAUAGUAAUAAAUCAGGAUGUUUUACAUCAAAUUUAAAUUCACCGUCUGGUAAUAAUCAGACAUUGACAUCAUCGAGUUUUAUAACUAAAAAUAAUUUAGGAUCACCAAAUGGUAACUCGUUAUCAAUAACAACGUCAUCAACUUCAUCAUCAUCGUCAUCGUCUUAUACCCCCGGAUGUCAGUGUAUUCACAAACGAAAAGAAACGAAAGUAACAACGGGAUGUUGUGGUAAACCUGGCGGCAGUCAUACGAACCAAGUCGGUAUCACGCAAAAUGGUAAAAUAAUUGAGGAGUUGCGUUUUAUUGAUGAAGAAUCGAAAGACACUGAUUUCAGCCAAUUUCGUAGCGUACAUCGAACACCGACAGUUGUUAGCAUUGGACCAAUGUGCCCGGUUUUAGAUCCAAUGGUACGAAGUUGUAGUGUCGGUUAUUUAGAUCUAGUUGAUGCUCAAAUGGUACCUUGUGAUGUUGCGCUUAAAAUGCUGCGUAAAGAAGCGCCUAAUAAAAGAUUAGUUUUGGUAUCACGUAAAACAAAAAAACGACGUAAAAAUAAAACACACAAUGAUAUUAAUCAGCAGUGUAAUAAUAGUAAACCGAGACUUAGAACCUGUGGUAAAUCACGGAGUUUAGAUUCUAGUGAUAUGUUUCCUAGCACUGAACAAAUUUUACUACCGCCCCAGUUAUUGGAACAUGUGGAAGAAGUUGCUCAAAUUAGGGAACACGAAGAUUAUGCGGAUGGAGGAAUUAGUAAAGGCGACAAUGUCGAUAAAGUCGAAGUUGAUAAUUCGGCGGAUAAGAAUUUUGAUGAUAGCAAAAAUUGUCAAAAAGAUAAUGCACCAACUGGUGAUUCACUGUCGUCAUCACUGGAUGGAUUAGCGGCUCGACUUAGAGAUUUUGAUGAUGCCAAUUCAUUGCCACCUCCAUCACCACGAUCUAAUACACGAUUACCCCGUAGUUCACCAAGUAGUCCAGCACCGACUAAAAAAGGCAAACGUCCAGCUUCAGCGUCUCCUAUUAGAAGGAGAUUACUCUCCAGUCCUUUAUUAAAUAGAAGGACGAGAAAAAGUCGCGGUGAAAGUUCUGAUGAUGAAGGAGCUCAAGAUGACAGUUCUAGCAGGAGUUAUAGGAAUUUAGAGACUUUUCAAAAAGCACAACUUCGACAAAAGUUGAAACAAAGAGGUACUGGUACAUUAGCUAAUAAAGCUGAGGAGCUUGUGAUGCACAAUAAAGCACCGAUGUGGAAUGAGUCAAGUCAAGUUUAUCAAUUAGAUUUCGGUGGACGGGUUACGCAAGAAAGCGCUAAGAAUUUUCAAAUUGAAUAUCGUGGAAAGCAAGUAAUGCAGUUUGGACGAAUAGAUGGUAAUGCUUAUACACUGGACUUUCAAUAUCCAUUUAGCGCUCUACAAGCAUUUGCUGUUGCUCUAGCAAAUGUAACCCAACGGCUUAAGUAACCAAUAAUAUCUUUUUGAAUAAUUAUAAAUUAUUAUUUAUUUAUAAACAAAAUAUUUACUUAUUUUCAUUAACAAUAAUAUUGUUAAUAUAUUAUUAUAUAUUUAUUGCAAAGAUAAAUUAUAGUUAUUGUUUUUAUUCGCAAUGUUUAAUAUAUUUUUAUCAUAUAUUAUACCUAUUUACCGUCCAAAAGUAUUUAUAUUCAUUUAUAAUGUUUUAUAAUUUAUUCCUCUCGUUGAAAAUUUGAUAAUUAUAUAUAAGCAAGACUCCAUUUAUUUUUGGGUGGAAAAUAUAUUCUAAUUUAGACAUUCAAUUUUUUUUCUCUAACUAUUUUUAUUUUUAUGAAAAACAUGAAAAUUCACUAUUUCUAUUUCCUAUCCAAAAUCUUGGGCAAAUCUUACACACGACUUUUUAGUAGUGAGUAAUUGUCUGUCUCUUUAUAUGACUACAGUUCUUGCAACAAAAACUUAUGAAAGAUUUAAACUACAAGUCUUGUGCCAAUCAUGCGCAAGUACCGAAUGAUAUAUUUUACCAAAAGAAUUCCUAAAGUGUAUUUGAAAUUAUAAUGUCAUGGGUAUAAUUAAUGCAAAAGACAUGCGCAAGAAAUUUUUUGAAGAUCCUUACACAUUACUUGCAGCAGAUCUGCGCAAGACACUCGGUGUAACUAUUUCUGUCACUCUACAUAUACAUCGUGACUCCGAUAGAGGGGGUAGAGUGACAAAUAUUUAUAUCAAGUGUCUUGCGCAAAUCUGCUGCAAGUAAUGUGUAAGGAUCUUUAAAAAAUUUCUUACGCAAGUUUUUUACAGAAACUAUUAAAGUAAUUUUUAAAAUGUGUCAUACAAAAUAUAUACAGUAUGCUUACGUAUAAUAUCAUGUGCAAGUCAUACAUAAAUCUUGCAGUAAAAUCUUGACUAAAUAUCUGCUGAGAGAUUUAGUUGAACUAAGAAGCAGAUACGUUGGGGAGUUUCUUAAUCCGUUUGCACGCAGAUUUACGCAAAAAUCUUUUCGAUGAUUCAUACACAUGUCUUGCAGCAGAUCUGCGCAAGACACUUGAUGUAACUAUUUCUGUCAUUCUUUCUAUGCAUAUAUAUGUAUACUGUGGCCUCGAUAGAGGGGGUAAAGUGACAGAAAUAGUUAUGUCAAGUGUCUUGUACAAAACUGUUGCAAGAUCGUCUUCAAAAAAAUUAUUGCGCAAGUCAAUUAAUUUUGCUGUAAGGACUUUGUAAUCUGUCUUGCGCAGACUCGUAAUGAACACUUUUACUUUAGCUGUUUUGGGAACGAAUUAACAACGGAGCGUAACUGAAAAACAAAUUUGAAUCUCUACCGCUAGAGGUCACGUCUUAAGCUCGUUCCCAAUGAAAUCGAAUUGUAGUUUAAAAUUUUUUAUUAUUAAUCUUUCGAAAAAAAAGUAAAAAAAUAAUACAUAAAUUUUUUCACCCAAAAAUAAGUAGAGCCAUACUUAGGAUAAUUACCAAUAAUUGUUUUUGUACAUUCAAUUAAUUAAUAUAAUUAUAAAAAUAAUUAAAAAAAAAAAUAACGAAUCUACUUGUGCUUUGAAAACGUACGCAUAAAAAAAAAAAUUAAUCACUAAUCGUCCGAAAUGAAAAGAAAAUUACAAUUAAAAAUUAUACACAUGAGUACUGAAAUAAAAAUAUACGAAAUACUUGGAACAAAAAAAUAUUUGAAUAAUUCAAAUUCAAAAAUAAAUUGACAAAACAAUCUUGACAAUAUAAAUAUAUUAUAUGAAAUAUAUAAUGGUAUGAAAAAAUAUAUUAUUUAAUAAAAAUAAAAAAAUAAAAAACAAAGUAUAUAAAUUAAUUAAUAAAGGAAAAAGAUAUAAAACGGCGUGAAAUUUUGAA